AAACGCCGGCUCCCAUCAUUCAAAUAGAAGUCAUCGAAAGUGUAACUUUGCAAAUUCGUAUACUAUACGAAACACAUUUUCAAUUUGUUCUAUCAGUGAAUAAUUAAAAUCUUAAAAAUGUCAAUUGCACCAUUGUUAUUUUCCGACUGGUGGGAACAUUUGGACCGACCUCAUUCUCUCCUGGAUCAAGAUUUUGGACAUGGAUUUAAUCCAGAUGAUCUAAUGGUACCAUCAUUGUAUAAUCCAAUGAUGGGACGUUGGGGACUUGAUAGACGUCCCAGGAUGAAUUAUCUACGACCAUGGACACAAGUUGCCAAUCAAGGAACUUCUGUUGUGAAAGCCGACAAGGAUCAAUUCCACGUUAAUUUGGAUGUUCAACAAUUUAAACCUGAUGAGAUCAACGUCAAGGUCGUGGAUAAAUUUAUCGUCGUUGAAGGAAAACACGAAGAAAGGCAGGAUCAGCAUGGAAUUAUUAGCCGCUCGUUCACCAGGAAAUAUCUCAUUCCAGAUCAAUGUAACGUUGAUGAAGUAAAAUCUUGUCUUUCUUCGGAUGGUGUUCUUUCCAUUACUGUACCUAGAAAACAAAUGGAAAUGGAAACAAACGAGAAGAACAUCCCAAUCGAGCAUACAGGAAAACCAGCAAUUACUACCAACGAAUGUGUUAAACCAAAAGAGGUAAAACAACCGGAAGAGAAGAAAACUGAGAAGAAAAUGAUAAAAUAAGUGUUUUUUGUAUUUUUUUCACAACAAAGAUUUAUAUUUUUUUUUACUUUAUAACUUUUAAUUUUUUCAUAAUUUUCAAUUAUCUUACGUAAUAUUGUUACGUGACAUUGUUUUUUAAGAUUAUAUUAAGCGAGUUAAUUAUAAAGAUAUCUCAAAGAUUAUUUUUAAAGUAAGUGACUUAAUUAUUAAAAAAAAAAAAAUAUCAGAUUAUUUUAAAAAUAAGCCAUUCAAUUGUAAACAUCUCAAGGAUUAUAAAAUAAACUUGAAUUAAAGGAA